GCAACAGUUUUAAACGAGUCUUAGAGACGAUGUCAUCCCAAAGCAAAGAUGUGUCAGUACAGGUUGAUACCUUUGUUGAGAAUCUCAAACGUCGUCAAUUUAGCGGGUCUUACAGGGUUGCCCUUGAGACAUGUCAACUGUUGAUGAGAGUUGUCUCUGCUGCCCGCUGGAACCACCCAGACCAAUUGAUCAGCCAGAUACGGCAAUUGGGUAAGCGUCUUGAAAAUGCACAGCCUAGAGAGUUCUCGUGUGGUAACGUUGUUAGACGUGUAUUGGCACAGAUCAGGGAUGAGGUGGAGACAGGUGAUAAUGAUGCCGGCCAGACGAUGAUCUCCUCAAUGUUCAGUCUGCUAUCAACAGAUGAGAAGAAAGAUGAGCAAGUUGCGAGCCAGCCUAUGCAACAGUCAAACUCAAGGGUGCAGGCCAAAUCACAUGAUCUAAGGUCCACCACGAUCCAGGGGAUCAAGGACCUGAUAGAUGAGAUCAGCAGCAUAGACGAAGGUAUCGAAGCCAUGUCUGUAGAUCUGAUCCAUGACAAUGAAGUUCUACUGACGCCGACUCCAGACUCUCAAACGGUGCUGAAGUUCUUGUUGAAGGCUAGACAGAAGAGAAAAUUUAGUGUAUUGGUUACGGAAUGCUUCCCCAAUAGAACUAAAGAGGCCCAGCAGUUUGCUAAGGAAUUGGCUGAUGCCAAGAUUGAAACCAUCAUUAUCCCAGAUUCACACGUAUUUGCGGUGAUGUCCCGUGUUGGUAAAGUCAUAGUCGGUGCACGUUCUGUCUUCGCCAACGGUGGAACAGUGUCAAGUGCUGGCGUUGCUGCUGUGUGUGAAUGUGCUAAGGAGCACAAGACACCGGUGUUCUCAGUUGCUGGUUUGUACAAGCUGAGUCCAACGUAUCCAUUUGAUGUGGAAAACCUCAUCGAAGUUGGAAACUCUGGUAAAGUUGUCAAGUUUUCGGAUAGCAACUUGGUACAGCACGCUCAUAUAACAAACCCAUUGUUUGACUACAUCCCACCUGAGCACAUUGACAUUUACAUCACAAACAUUGGAGGUUUCGCACCAAGUUUUAUCUAUAGAAUUGUGCUGGAUAACUACAAGACAGAAGAUGUUGACCUUGAGUGAUCAACUAAUACAACAUUACUCCUUUUCUUUUAACAGGAGAACCCAUGGAUUCUCUUGUAAUAUCAAUCCAUUUAUAUACAUAUACAUCACACAGCUUGCCCUGUGCCUCGCUCGGUUGGAGUCUCUUCUCCAUAUUCCAAUCUUGAGCUGGAUGAUGAAUGUCUCUUCUAGAGACGUCUUCAAUGGGCUAAAUCGACUUUAAAUUUUACUAAAGCUAUCCCUUCUUUGAGUGCGGUGCCAUCGACCUUUGUUCAGGCUCUUAUAGCCCAUGGUGGUGUUGCAAUUACUGGGAUAGACAGCACAUCGCAAUAUAUACAUUUGUAUGUCCGUUUUGGAGAUGAAUGCAGCGUAGAAAGUGGUUG